GCGGCGCCGGCAGCAGCGCGCGGGAGCCGCCACAGCGGGGCCAGGAGCGGGAGCGGGACCAGGACCGGGACAGGGAGCAGGACCGGGAGCAGGAGCGGGACAGGGAGCGGGAGCCGGAGCCGUGCCGCCCGCCUCCACGUGCUGCCCGCGCCAUGGAGCUGGAGGAGCUGGGCAUCCGGGAGGAAUGCGGCGUGUUCGGCUGCAUCGCCUCCGGCCUGUGGCCCACGGAGCUGGACGUGCCCCAUGUGAUCACGCUGGGGCUGGUGGGGCUGCAGCACAGGGGCCAGGAGAGUGCUGGAAUUGUGACAAGUGAUGGAGAGUCAUCCCAGGCAUUUAAAGUGCACAAGGGAAUGGGACUCAUAAAUCAUGUCUUCAGUGCAGACAGCCUGAAGAAGUUGUAUGUUUCAAACCUGGGUAUUGGGCACACAAGGUACUCCACCUCCGGAAUUUCGGAGCUGCAGAACUGCCAGCCUUUUGUUGUAGAGACUCUGCAUGGGAAGAUUGCUGUGGCACACAACGGGGAGCUAACAAAUGCUGUACGACUCAGGAGGAAGCUUAUGCGGCAUGGUGUAGGACUGUCAACCAGUUCUGACAGUGAACUGAUCACCCAGCUGCUGGCUUUCACACCUCCUCUAGAAAAUGAUGAUACAGCUGACUGGGUAGCAAGAAUAAAAAAUUUAAUGAAUGAAACUCCAACUUCAUAUUCAUUGCUAAUUAUGCAUAAAGACAUAAUCUAUGCAGUACGUGAUCCGUAUGGGAAUCGCCCACUCUGCAUUGGUCGCCUUGUGCCCGUAGGGGACAUGAAUGGCAAAGGAAAAGAUAACAGUGAAACAGAAGGAUGGGUAGUCUCUUCUGAAUCCUGUAGCUUUUUGUCUAUUGGUGCAGAGUACUAUCGUGAGGUCCUUCCUGGAGAGAUUGUGAAAAUAUCCAGAUAUGAUGUUCAGACACUGGAUAUUAUCCCAAGACCUGAAGGAGAUCCAUCAGCAUUCUGCAUCUUUGAAUAUGUUUAUUUUGCAAGACCAGACAGUAUUUUUGAAGGUCAGAUGGUGUAUUCAGUCAGGAAACGAUGCGGGCAGCAGCUUGCUAUUGAAGCACCUGUGGAAGCAGACCUGGUCAGCACCGUUCCAGAGUCUGCAACCCCAGCAGCUCUUGGUUAUGCUCAGCAGUGUGGACUGCCAUAUGUUGAAGUACUCUGUAAAAAUCGAUACGUAGGAAGAACGUUUAUCCAGCCAAACAUGAGGCUACGGCAACUUGGGGUUGCAAAGAAGUUUGGUGUUCUGUCUGAUAAUUUUAAAGGCAAGAGGGUUGUUAUCAUUGAUGAUUCAAUUGUGAGGGGCAAUACAAUUUCACCCAUAAUAAAACUACUGAGAGAAUCAGGAGCCAGAGAGGUGCACAUCCGUGUGGCUUCACCUCCCAUAAGAUUUCCUUGUUACAUGGGAAUAAACAUUCCAACUAAAGAAGAACUCAUUGCCAACAGACCUGAAUUUCAUGAUCUUGCAAACUAUAUAGGAGCAGACAGCGUGGUUUAUCUUUCUGUGGAAGGGCUGGUAUCAUCUGUGCAAGAAAGCAUCAAAGCAAGACAAGAGAAUGAAAACAAGCUUAAAACCCAGAAAUCACGUGCUGGGAAGAUUGGUCACUGCAUAGCAUGUCUCACUGGAGAGUAUCCUGUAGAGCUAGAAUGGUGAAUUUUUAGUGGGUGGACACCAGUUCACCUCUAUUUGAAUGUACUGUUUUCAAAGAUGCCUCCUUGCUAAUUGCCUUCUUACAGUUAGGUGAUAAUGGAAAGCUUGUUACAGAUAACUGAUCACUGUUACUAAAACACAUCUUUACUGUAAAGACUUACAGAAAGUCUGAUGUGCUGAUGAAAAUGAUGUAAGAUUAAAAUACAAAAUCUUAUAGUUUUGAUGCACAAUUGUGCCUUCUAUUUUCUCAUAAAAUACUAUAAAAACCAAAGUUUUUUUAAUUAUGUAGCAGUCCCAGAGUUGUUUGUUUUGGUUUUACCCUGGAGGUGAGAUAUCCCCUUGUUCACAAAGUACCAGUCAUCAGCUGAGCGGUGUUACUUCACAUUAUCCAAGUCUUCAUGCAAAAGUGUGUAAAGUUUGCUUUUCUUAUAAAAAAUGCCAGAUUCCAACAUCCAAAACUGCUUCCUCAGCAGUUCUUCCUGAACUUUUUAAGAGCAGAAGUGCCUAACUUUUGCAUAAAUAGCUGAACAGACUUUAUUAGUGAAGCCCUUUGUAAUUAAAUUGUCCAGACUCCUUAAAAAAUUAGCAUGUAAUUUUAAAAUGGAUAACUCAGGGAAAUGCUCAGCCAAAAGCCCUCAUUUUAUACCUUCAAAAUACUUUUUUUUUUUUUUAAGUCCAGUGUAAUUUCAUUAUCUUUGUGUGCUUUUAAUGGUUGCCAGUAAGAUGUGGAAGGAGGAAAAUACUUGGCACUGCCAAUUUUUUCUGACAUCUUGUGUUCUCCAGGUAAGUCCAGUCAAUUUCUCAAGUCUGAGCCAAUAAUGCUCAGUGUGCUUUUCAGAUGUCAACAUACAAAGUGGACUGAAAAAUAAAGUCACUUCUCAUUCUUACCAGUAAAUACAAUGCAUCAGCUGAAGAUGGUGAGUCCUUUUGGGUAUAAUCUUAUUAAGCUACAUUACUACUGUUCAAAUAAAUGUAAUGUUACAGGAAAAAAAAAGCCUUCUGAAGAACUAUUGAAUAAAUUAUAUUUUCAGCUGGUCACAAUUACACAGUUACUUGUAUACAUGAAUAUCACUUGGACAACAAACCACUGGCAGAACAUAGAAAGGCAACUUUUGAAAACUCCUGCAAAUUUACGCACAAUUGUAAAAACAUUUUGUAUACCUCAGUUUUUUCACUGAAUACCAGCAACUUAGAUUUUCUGUUUUGUAUUGUGUAUUUUGGCCUUAUAAUGGUUUGUGACACUGUUAC